AAAAAUAAAACGAUAUAAAACAUAAAUUUAAUGCUGAUAAUGACAAAACAAGUGUUCAAGUGUUGUGCUACAAAAUGAAAUGUUUCUAAAAGCAUUUAAUGUAAAAUUAAAACCACAAACAACAAAUAAUAUUAUAUGUUCAAAUUAUAAAUAAUGAUUGAUGUGUUUGCAAAAAAAUAUUAAAAAAUAUUCGUUGGAAAUCUUAAGUGGUUUUAGAACGAAAAAAUUAUAAAAGUUUGAAAAGUGAAAAAAAGUUAAUAAUUUUAAAUUGUUUUGGGAGAUCAAAAAAACUAAAAAUGGAAAAUUCGACAGAAUUAUGUGAAUCUAAUUCACCUCCCACACAACUCAUUCUAACAACAACAACUGCUAACAUUACCACAACAACAAUUAACAACAACGGUAAUAAUCAUAACAACAAUAAUAGUGAUAAUAUAAAUAACAAUAAUAGUAUCAAUAUUGAUACACAAUUGCUACAACAACAGCAGCAACAACAUCAACAACAAUUGCAUAAUUUAUAUUCAACAUCAUUGGAACAAAACACAAUAAAUAGUACUGAAACAUCUAGGACAACAACAACAACAACAGGAAAUUUUGUUGCAAUACCAUUAUCGGAACGUCCACCCAUAAUUUGUAUAUCGCAACAACAACAAAACGGUAAUAAUCAUCACGAGAAUUAUUCAAAUACAAGUUUAACACGUUCAAAAUCGUGUCUGGUGCGUUGGCGUCAGUGUUGCUUAAAUUUUUUCACUAAAAUUAUGGGCAGCAACAAUCCCAGUGAAGCUGAUCGAUAUGAAUAUUAUGACUGUAAGUUUUAUAGUUAAUCUUGAUAAAUUGGUAAAUUAUUUUGCAGAUAAGUAUACAAAUUAUAUAAAAUUUUUCAAUUACUAACAAAAUAAUUAACAACUAAUUACUAAUCCUCAAUUAAAGUCCUUAUACCGAAAGUAGAGGCACUUAUACACAUACAUAAAAUAAAACUUUUUACCAUUACUCUUAAAAUUUCAAUAUUUAUGUAAACUAUAGCUCAAUACAAAUGUAUACCAAGUAGUAUUUUACAUCCAUUGGUUUUUAUAUCUGUGUCAUUGUCUUUUACCAAAUAACCACAAUAAUACAAAGAAUGAGAGGAAGGAACCUUAAAACAAAUGUUAACCAAUAAUGAAAUAUAGGACAAAUAAACAUCAGCCAUCAAGCAUCCUCCCCCCAAAACCCUCUUAAUAAAGAAAACAAAAAACAUAACUAACGCCAUCACAAUGAACAUGAUGACAAAAAGUGAUAAAUUGUGAGUGAAGCAUGAACCAAAAAAAUAGCAAGAUAAAAAAAAAUUUAAAUGAACAGAAAAGGAAAAUAAAACAAUGACUGAAAACAUCAAGCAAAACUAUAAUAUUGGCAAAUUUAUUGAUGAUUGUUGUCUGUGUAACCAUUUUUGUGUCUGUUUUAAAUUACCAAACCGGAGAGAGGAUGAUAGUAAAAUGAAGAACUUUUUUUGUCAAUACAACGAAAAAUACAAACGAAAAUUGUUAGCAGAAUAAUGAAAAUUAAAUUUCUGUUUAUUUUGCUGUUAUUAAAGAGGAAAAUAUGUUUUUAAUAUCAUUUGUAUGUUCAGAGUCAUAAUGGUUUCGGUUUACUUGUUUAUCAUGUGUGUAUACUAAAAUUUUUAAGAUUAUUGUGUAUGUGCAAUAUGAGAAUAAUUUUCAAGGUGAAUUUAAAAAAGGUAUUUAGAACAGUGACACUAUCUAUUUAAGAUUAAACAGAAGAAAGUAACAGCUAACGUUGAAAGCGCUAUAGAAAAUUUUCGAUAA